AUGGCCACCAUGCUUCGCCGGCCAGGCAAUCUCGCUCACUACUCGAGGAAAGCCGCGGAACUCACCGGUCGCAAGGGACUGGCUUCCGUACGUGCACAGCCGUCACGACUCUCAUCGCUUCUAUCACACCGCGCUAGAACAUACACCACGCAAGGUCCCGGUGGUCCUACAGCCCCGGACAACAAGCCCAAUGAAGGCCAGAAUCAGGAAGGGAAGCCCCGCUCGGUUCUGACCGAUGCCGAAUUGAAGAGCGUGGACGAAUGGUUGCAGGGAAUGGAUGAGGUGCGACGCACUCAAGUCCGCGAGCAUCUCAUGAAGAAUGGUCUCCCAGCGGAAGUCAGGAAGCACCUUGAUCCGAACCAACCUCCAACUUUGAUGGAUCGCAUUAGAAUGAUGCGGUUUUUGUGGGAUGUGACGACCUCGGAUGAGACAAUCGCCAAGCUCCAGGAGCAAGACAAGGCCAAACAAAGCGGCAGCCCGUUCAACUUUUUCUCCGAGAAACCGGAGAAGCAGAACCAGGAACCCAAGAACGAUAACGAUCAGCAACCCAGUGGACAAUCCCCCAAGGACCCCAAGCAGGACAAAGACCCCAAGGAAAAGGACCCCAAGAAGGAACAGCAACGGAAGAAACAGGAUGACAAGAAGGGCAAAAUGCCUCCAAACAUGGGCAAAGUCUUUGAACUCCGCUUCGAUCCCGCUUCUUUCUUAAUUACUUCUCUGGUCACCUACUACGUCUACCGCACUUUCUUCCCCGGCGAGGCCCAGGGCAAGGACAUCACCUGGCAAGAAUUCCGGUCAAACUACCUUGAAAAAGGCCUCGUUGAACGGUUGACUGUCGUGAACCGCAACAAGGUUCGCGUCGAUCUUAACCGCGAGGCUGUGUCUGUCGCUAUUCCCGGUGAAAAUGGUCAACCUUCUUCCCCCGUCUUCUUCAGCAUCGGUUCCGUGGACAGCUUCGAGAUGAAACUCGAGAAUGCUCAGUAUGAACUUGGUAUCCCAUCUGAUGAACGUAUCCCCGUCGCCUAUCACGAUGAAACCCCAUGGGGUGGCGUCUUGAUGUCAUUGGCUCCUACCCUUCUCUUCCUUGGUGGUAUCUUCUGGAUGUCGCGUCGCGCUAGCGGCGGCGGCGGCGGCCAGAGUGGAAUAUUUGGUAUCGGAAAGAGUCGUGCCAAGCGAUUCAACCACGAGACCGAUAUCAAGACCAAGUUCGCCGACGUUGCAGGUAUGGACGAAGCCAAGGUUGAAAUCAUGGAAUUCGUGAGCUUCCUUCAGCAGCCAGAGCGCUUUGAGAAGCUAGGAGCCAAGAUCCCCCGAGGUGCUAUUCUCUCAGGUCCUCCUGGUACUGGUAAGACACUGCUUGCCAAGGCCACUGCCGGUGAAUCUGGCGUGCCUUUCUACAGUGUCAGUGGUUCCGAAUUUGUUGAAAUGUUCGUCGGUGUUGGUCCCUCUCGUGUCCGUGAUCUGUUCGCCAAUGCCCGCAAGAACACUCCUUGCAUCAUUUUCAUUGAUGAAAUCGAUGCCAUUGGAAAGUCUCGUGCCAAGUCGAAUGUUGGCGGUGGAAACGAUGAGCGCGAAAGCACUCUGAACCAGAUUCUCACCGAAAUGGACGGUUUCAAUACCUCCGAGCAGGUUGUUGUUCUGGCCGGUACCAACCGACCUGAUGUUCUCGAUAAGGCUUUGAUGCGUCCUGGACGUUUCGACCGUCACAUUUCCAUUGACCGACCUACCAUGGAUGGCCGCAAGCAGAUCUUCCGUGUGUACCUGAAGAAGAUUGUUACCGACGAGAACCUCGAGUACAUGGAAGGCAGACUCGCUGCCUUGACCCCUGGAUUUGCUGGUGCCGAUAUCGCUAACUGUGUCAACGAGGCAGCUCUGGUUGCCGCCCGUGAAAACGCCGACAAGGUCAUCAUGCGACACUUUGAGCAAGCCAUCGAGCGUGUCAUCGGUGGCCUCGAGAAGAAAUCCCUCGUCCUUUCCCCCGAAGAGAAGCGCACUGUUGCUUACCACGAGGCUGGCCACGCCAUCUGUGGUUGGUACUUCAAGUGGGCUGAUCCCCUCCUCAAGGUCUCUAUCAUUCCUCGCGGCCAAGGUGCGCUGGGCUACGCUCAGUACCUUCCCGCAGGCGGUGACACCUACCUGAUGAACGUGAACCAAAUGAUGGACCGUAUGGCAAUGACCCUUGGUGGCCGUGUCAGUGAGGAGAUCCACUUUGAAACCGUGACUAGCGGUGCCAGCGAUGACUUUAACAAGGUUACCCGCAUGGCUACCGCAAUGGUGACCAAGUUCGGUAUGUCCAACAAGCUUGGCUACAUCUACUACGAGGAUGAUUCCGGGCAACAGCUCCAGAAGCCCUUCUCCGAGGAUACCGCCCGCGACAUCGACUAUGAGGUGCGCCGUAUCAUCCAAGAGGCUCACACCCAGUGCCGUACUCUUCUUGACGAGAAGCGCAAGGAGCUUGGUAUCGUUGCUGAGGAACUCUUGUCUAAGGAGGUUCUUGGCCGUGAUGACCUCAUUCGUCUCCUUGGCCCCCGUCCUUACCCCGAGUCUGGCGAAUUUGCCAAGUACUUCGACGGUAAGGGAGGACAAACCAUUGCCCCGCCUGACCACCAGGGUCCUGAACAAACCGCCGGUAAGGAUGGUCGGGACGAGACUCCUCUGCCUCCUUCAUAG